AUGAAUGUCAAUAAACAAGCUUUGAUUGCAUUCUCUAUAGAGGGUACCAAGGAUGAAUUAUGGUGUGAUGUACUACCUAUGAGUGCAUGUUAUCUCUUGCUUGGAAGACCAUGGCAGUUUUAUAGAAAGGUCAUCCAUGAAGGGGACUCUAAUGUGUAUUAUGUGUUGGUUGGUUCCAAAAGGGUACGAUUACACCCUCUAUCUCCUCAUUCAGUGGCACCAAAGCACCCACCUAAGACACCAAUUUACUUCCUUUCAUCAAGGGAAUUCGAACAAGAGGUGGAGGAAGAAGGUUAUGCUUAUGCUUUAAUUGCAAGGCAUGCUGCCAAAAGUGUCAAGACUACUAGAAAUGAGAAGUUAGAAGCCUUAAUGAAGGAAUUUGAGGUUGUCUUUCUAGAGGAGCUACCACAAGGACUACCACCCUUGAGAGGAAUAGAUUAUGUAUUUAAUCUAUCAAGAUCAAACAAUAAUGUGUGGAAGAGUGUAUAA